GACACAACACUACGUUCACUCACUAUAUUGUUUAGCAGAAGACUGGAAGUGGAACCGGUCGGGAGAAGAAGAAAAAAAAGGAAGAAACCAGUAGUAGCUGAAACGUGGUCCAUAUUUAGACAGUAGUGCGCGUUGUGAAUCAGUAUUGGAUCAAACUAUUAUUCUGUUUUAUUGUUAGUUAGUUUUUAUUCUGCGGGCGCGGCUUUUAUCCCACAGCCGAGCGUCUUGUUCUGUGCGUGGGGGCUUUUAUUUCUCUUACAGUCGGCACUGAGAAGCGGAAUGAAUGACCAAGACAAAGGUUGACGCCGCGUCUUCGACUCAUUUCGUCUCGGCUAAAGACAAGAGACUCAGGAGCAAAAUGGAAACGGAAAGCGGGCGUGAAACAAGCGACGUUGUGCAGUCAAUAACCCAGGAGAAGAAGAAACCGCACCGCGCUCCUUCGCCUGCGAGACCCAAAGACGUGCCCGGAUGGUCCAUCACCAAGAUCCGGGGGGGGAUCGGUACACCGACCCUCAGUGUGAAGCCGGGGGCGAUCCAUUUAGGUAGCCGCCUGUCCAGACGCAGCCCCAUUAGCAGUAAAGAAACAAAGGAUAAGAUGGGAAAAUCACCGGGGAAAUCCGCCCUGUCUGCGCUCGGUGCUACGAAGAGUAGCGUCAAGUCAAACAAGGCCGCGCGGAGGAAAGUAUCAGAUGCCAGUAACGCGUCCGACGAUCUGAGCAAAGACUCAGGAAAAGAUUCGGGUAAACUCUCGCCCACUGACAGCAGCUCCGAGCUCUCCGACUGCGGCUCGGAGGAAAAUAAGCUUUCAACAAGCAGCGAUAGAGAAAGCAGCAGCCGUGGCGGUGGAACCGAGAGCGAAAGCGCGGCCGCGGAACAGAGCACUGCUGGUGCCGGGAGGUACGGAGAGCGCCUCGCGCUGGGAGGAGACGCGGGACAGGACAGCACUUCCCCGGGGGAUGAGCGCUCACUCACAUCGCUCGAUAGUCGGAUGCCUGCUAGCACGUCUUUGGCCUUUUCUGAUCUUAACGAGGACCUAACGGAAGCAAUGCACGAGGAAUAUCUCAGAGAGAUCGAAGAACUAAGAUCAGAAAACGACUAUUUAAAGGAUGAGGUUGAGGAGCUUCGCUCAGAGAUGCUGGAGAUGAGAGACAUGUACAUGGAGGAGGAUGUAUACCAGCUCCAGGAACUUAGGCAGCAACUUGAGCAGACCAAUAAGACAUGUCGCAUCCUCCAGUAUCGACUGCGGAAGGCUGAGAGACGCAGCCUGCGUGUCGCUCAAACCGGCCAGGUAGACGGAGAGCUCAUUCGUACCCUGGAACAAGAUGUAAAGGUGGCCAAGGACGUGUCCAUCCGCUUGCACAAUGAGCUUGACACUGUGGAGAAGAAGAGGAGUCGACUUGAACAGGAGAAUGAGGAGCUGCAAGUGAAGCUCCAGGACCUGGAGGUGGCCAAGCAAGUCCUUCAGGCUGAGCUGGAGAAGAGCCGAGAGAACUCUCUAAAAAAGCGAGGUCCAAGGCCAAACCACAAACCCGAUAAGAAGACAUCACCACAGCCUCCAGAGGAUAAUUCUGACCUGAAGUGCCAGCUCCAUUUUGCCAAGGAGGAGUCAGCACUUAUGUGCAAGAAACUCGCCAAGAUGGUGAAAGACAAUGAGGCGAUGAAGGAAGAACUGACCAAAUAUCGUUCAGUCUAUGGCGACAUAGAUACCUCACUGACUGUUGAUGAGGUGGCUGACUCGCCCCACACACGUGAAGCCGAGGUUCGAGUUCACCUAAAGUUGGUUGAAGAGGAAGCUAACUUGCUGAGUCGACGGAUAGUGGAGCUGGAGGUGGAGAAUCGUGGUCUUCGUGCUGAAAUGGAUGACAUGAAGAUUCAGGAGACCUCUGGAGGUCUUGCAGUUGGGACAGGAGUUGGACAGCUGCUAAUUUCACCUUCAGUUGAGAAUGUUAUGGAGAUGCAGCGGCACCUGCAGUUUGUAGAAGAAGAAGCAGAUCUGCUGAGAAGGUCACUUAUUGAGAUGGAGGAGCAGAACAAACUCCUGAUGAAUGAACUUAAUCGGUACAAGUCAGAACUUCCUCCUGAUUCUGAUAAUGAAUCCUUGUCACCUUCCACCAUCCUUCCUCCAUCCAUCACUACUGGAGUGGCAGCUUCUGAAGAAGGAUCUUUAAAUGAAGCGUCACAAGAAGAGCUCCUGGGAGCCAGGCUUCAAAUCAGUGACCUGAGCAGUAAAGUAAAAAAGCUCCAGUAUGAGAAUCGCAUUUUGCUGUCCAACCUCCAGCGCUGCGACCUGGCUUCCAGACAUGUGGACAUUCGGCUUGCCCUGGAAACUGAUGCAGAGGCUGGGGACUCGGCUGAGUGUGUGCCCAGCCCAGAUUGUAACGAUAGCCCUAUUGAUGGUGAAGAAAUUCAGCCUCUGGAGGAAAAGAGUGAGAAAGUGACAGGAAAUAACCAUUCUGAUCAGUGCCUCAACAUCAAAGAACUCUUGGCCAUUCGUGACCAGGCCCAAUUAAUUACCUCAGCAAUCCAGCUCCUCAUGUCUGCUGAUUCCAACUGUCUUUUAGCCUUCUCUUCAGACACAAUCUUACAUAAAAUAACAGCUAGGGAACCUGGAGAAGCUGGGUUGCUGGAAAAGAACCAAGUGCAAAAUUCUAAUCUGACUCUAGUUGAGGCUGUUCACAGUAGGCUUCAGUCUCUGCAGGCCCAGCUGCUGGCUCUCAGUCAGAGGAUAGAGGUUCUUGGGGAGACCCCUGACUAUGAGCAUGUGAAGGGGCUGUCGACAUUUGCCCUAGUCUCUCAGUCAGCAGAGCCAAGCCCUGUAGAUACUCAGGUCAAUCAGAUCACCGUUCAACAGAAGCCCAAAAUUAGGGACCAAGCAGAUGUCAAGUGUCAAGCUGCACACCUGUGCAAAGCUGAUGAGAGCAACAUCAGUACAGACAGACACAAAGAACAAGUGACAGACUUGCCGGACACCAACUGUGCACUGCUUCUGGAGCAGGUUUGUGAGCUUCAGACUCAGCUGUGUGAGGCAAAGGAGAAGGCUAAGAAAACUCAGGAGGAUCUAGGACUGGAGAAUCUAGCUCAUCAUGAUUACACACAAUCCUACUCCCAGAAACUCUCUCAGCUGCAGGAGGAGCACAAGAAGGUGCUGGUGCAACGGGAUUUUCAGCUGCAAAGCAUGAGCCUGCAAACACGGCUGCAGCAGAAAUUCUGGAGCCAGGAAAAGAACGUCUUGGUGCAGGAGUCCCAGCAGCUUAAACAGAUCCUACUGCUUGUCAGCCUCAAGUUACGUUGGCUGCUCAAGCAGUGGAGGCUGGGCAAGAAGUUUGAUGCAGAGGUCAAAGACAUGUUGCAGAUUAAUAGUAUUAAGGAGCUUCACCACCCUCUUGAGGACGAUGGUGUUGCCCCUCACCAUGGAGACAAUAAGAUGGCAGCCUCCAAGGAACAGCCACCAAGUCCCACAAAGAAAGAUCGCAGCCUUAGUGAUAAUAACCUUCAGCAGGCUAGUGGUUUGAGUACGACUUUGUCUGACCUGAAGGUGGCUCUUCAGGAUCUGAGCACUGAGCUGCGAGAGGAGCGCCAAAGCUCUCAGGAGCUAACGCAGCAGUUUGCCCGAGCUAAGGCCUCCUGGGAGGUGGAGCGCACUGAGCUCAAAAGUCUCAUCACCCAGCUGGAGGGGAAGGCAGGGAAGAUGUCUGCAACUGGUACUGACAUGGAUCCUCCAGAUCUGAAGGCAGCUUUGAAAAGGGAGUGUGAAGAGCACCAAAAUCUGCUGGCAGACUCCUAUGCUGCAGUGAUGGAUCUGACCAAGCAGUUACAGAUAAGUGAGAGAAACUGGAGCAGGGAGAAGCUGGAGCUUCUGGAACAUUUCAAUCAGGAGAGGAACCAGUGGGAGCAGAGGCUUCUUGAUGCCCAGAGCAAGUCUCCCAGUGCCAAGGGAAUAUCUACAGAUGCAACGACAAAUGAAACAACAUUGCAAAGAACCCAACUAAUUUCCUCAUUGUCAGACCUUGAGAGUUUGCUGGACGUCAGUUCUUUCCUUCCAGAUCAUGAGGUCAAUGGAAUUGCUGAGGUGAAGGCCGGAAAGCACCAAUUUAACGAUCUUGUAACCCGCACAGACCUUAGAGACCUCAACCAGAAGAACUGGAAGUAUCUAAGUAGUGAGUCAGCUUCUCUGGAGAAGACUGAGCCUUUUAAAACCUGGGACUGCCCCAGCACUGGCAUUCCAGAGCUAAAGCUGAGUAUGGAGCAUGUGCAAAGGAGUUACACUGCCCCAGACAAAACAGGUAUCCGAAUAUACUACAGCCCUCCAACUGUCCGGAGGAUGGAAAGGAAGGUCAAGGAUCUGAGCUUAAAUGAUACCCAGCUGGGACUAAAAUUUUUCGAUGCACCUAACUCAGACCAAGCAAUACUGCCUCCAACAACACAAACAUCACCUUCACACUUGUCAGCCUCAUAUGAGCAGUGGCUAAGCUCACUAUCCCAGCAGCAUAGAGACCUACUUGAGGGCAGGACAGGCAGCUCUGGGGCCCUCCACACCCUUGAGAUUUCUGCAAAUCUGAGUGAUGACAUGAAGGAGAUGACCAAUUGUGUGCGGCAGGCCAUUCGUUCUAGCUCUCUUGAGAGGAAAUCCAGCAAAGAUGCAGGAAGUCAGACUGUGGGCUUCACCAGCACAGGAACACAGACAGCUAAAUUUGUCAGCGUGGGCCUGCAGACGGAGAGUCCAGCCUCCUCAACCUCCCGAGGAGCAGGAUUUCAUGGGAAGAUAUGGUCUCCCCGCCCAUCCACCUCCCUCACUUCAGCACGAUCACGCCAGAUCUCCUCAUCACUGGAGAAGGUGCACGGUCGCAUUGACCGACCCUGCUGCUCACCAAAAUAUGGCUCACCCAAGCUCACAAGACGGGUCUCUGCUUCAUCUUCAUCCUCCAAGCUGGAGACAUCUUCCACCUCCUCAAGAGAUCGGAGUAUGUGGAAUCUGCCAAACCGUAGCAUUGCCCAGAGCGGAUCUGCAUGGGCUCGGUCCACCACGACCCGCGAUAGUCCCGUACUCAGUGGCCUCAAUGAUGGACUAUCCAGCCUCUUCAGCGUUGUGGAGCACACCUCCAGCAUGGAGUCACUCUGUAGGGGUGACACAUGCCCUGGAAGACAAGCUGCUGGCAAGCCAUCUUGUCCCAGUGUCGGCAUUAUGCUUGGUGAUUCUGGCACUCAGAAGUAUGGCAUUGUGCAGGAGUUCUUUCAAAAUGUGUGUGUGCAGACACUGUCAGGAGAGAAGACUGGAGCCAUAGAUGAGCCCAAGCCUGAGUGUCUUUCUGGUGCUCUGAUGGGAACAGACAGUGUCACUAAGAUUGUCAAUAAAAGGUUCAUGAGACAGACAUUGCGGGAUGAAGCAGUAGUCAGUGGGAAGGAGUCUGCUGCAGGCGCCAGUAGCCCAGAGCACUGCCUUAACCCUCCUGGGCAUGGAGUCCACCAGAGCGUCACAGGUUGCCACUGGAGUCCUCUUCCACUCCUCCAUGAUGACACCACGGAGCUGGUGGAUGUUAGAGACCUUGUACUCCUCCAACUUCCAUUUGAGGAUGCACCACACGUCGUCCUGGAGGAUUCAUCUUGUGACUGCAAAUCACAGUCCCCCACCUCUUGUCUUGCUCGCUCCUCUCGCACCACUGUUCGUGGAGCCCACAGCCAGUGCAAGCACCGUGUUCAGGAGACUGCCUUGGGAAAUGAGGAGAGAUUGGAUGUCAGCAAUGAGUGAUGGAAAAGAGGACAAGGCUUCUAUCACUACUUUAAAACAAAUGUGCAGAUACUGCCACACAUACCACCGUGUAAAUGCGUUGCCAUGUAUAAACUUGCACAUAAGCAAGCACACAAGGCCACAGUAGAAUACAUGUCUGGACAUUUCCAAAAACCUUUGAUUAGCACAAGGACUGAUGCCAAGAAAUAUCUUUCAGCCAGCCUGACCUCCCUUUUAUGGUCAACAUUCUAUACACCUAUUCAACCAGCAGGACAGCUCAAUUCUGCCAUCUUAAUGAACUGACCUUUGGACAAACAUAGGCUCAAAUGUUUGUGUAUAACAGGGGUUGAUAUGCCGUGUAACAAGUAAAAUAAAAACAUGUAGAAUUAAGUUAAAACCUGACAGUGAUUGCUUGUGUAAAAUGCUCAAAUCCUAUUUGGAUUUAAUGUAUUUACAAAUUUGCUUUCUAAAGAUUUAGAUAAUAAAGGCCUCAAGCAGACAUCUACAGCCUUUAAUUUCAUCGCCAUAAUCACAAACAAAAAUGCCUCCAUUGUUUAAAUCUUACAGUUUAUCAACCUCAAUCAUCAUGUUACACUGGGGAGCUUAUUUAAAGCCAUUAUUUGUAUUUUUGCUGUGUUACUGUAAAAUGACUAAUAUGUGUGACAGACUGAAAGUGUCUAUUUAGAACACAUGACCAAAGUCAUUUUAGUGGGACCAUUAAAAAAGGCACUGGUUAACAAGGAUUUUCUAAAAUGACAAUUUACUUUAAUGGAGAUGUCACUCAUUGUGAUUACCUGAGAAUGUCAUUGUCAUUAGAACCCUUUUCAACCUAUCAGUCUGAAGUCUAAAUCAACAUUAACUAUUAUGAAGCCAUGGGAGGAGUUUCUUACUUUUGGACACACAUUUUCCCACAUUAAACUAUGUAUUUAUAACUGUCUAUGUAUGGUGCUAUACAAAUUAAAAUCUUUAUCAUGUAUUAUGUUAUUUGUAGAGAAGUGACAUUUAAGCCUUUAGCUGAAUGAAAGUGACUGCUAGUUAUAAAAUUGCUCAUAUUUGAAUCUAGUUGACUGAUAAAUGAUGCAGUCAGCAUUAAACACUGUAUAAGAUGGAGAAUGAUAACCUUGAAAACAUCAGAAUUUUAGCAACAAUCAGAGCUCUGCACACCCACACAGUUUUGCUGUAGCCCACCAAUUAUUCUCUCUCUCUCACACACACACACACACACACACACACAGAUCAGAGCCUCUCUAAUGGCAAGGCAGUAUGGUCAGGUUCCUUUGAAUGUGUCCUGCCAUUCUAUGCCUCCGCUCUUUAAUAAAUAGGGCAUUAAUGGUGAGCCACAUUUUUUCAUCGCCAUUAACUAUGGUACUGUCCACGUUUUCUGCCAUCAAAUGUCAUUACUGGUCUUUUAAGACUUCAAUACAUUAUACCUCUUGCUGCUACCUCCUUUCUGCAUUUUCAGUCUAACUCCAUUUCAUUCUUUUUUUUGUUUGUUUUGAAGGUCUCAAAUGUGCCUUUGUUUCUUUUCAAAGAAAUUCAGAUGUUUCUUCGCUAUUAGUCAGUGAGGAGCUGCAUGCAGUGAGCGCACUGGUAAAAUUUGCUUUGAAUUUAGUAAACAAAUAGAUUUCAUAAAGCCCAGUCUAUGCUCCAAACUCUGGUAGCAGCCAUGACCCACUGAACAAUUUCCCAACAAUUAACAACUCUGUUUUUGGUCACUGACCGUUUGAUUAUAACUAUUCAUGAUUGCAUAAAUAAUUUUCCUCAGUGUGCAUUGUGUAUGUUGUGCUUGGUUUAAAUGGUCCCUAAAGUGCACAUAGACUCAUGGAGGAGGACUCAAGCUCAACUGCUUUGGCUACCAUACAGACAUGAACUCCAGCCAAGUUCUUUAAAACAUUGUCAACAAGAUUCUUCAAAGCAAAUCUAAUGGAACAACUUCCACCCAUAUAAUUUGAGUAAAUUACUUCCAAACAAUUACACAAAUUGUCCCAUUUCAAUACAAAUACAUGGUUUGCAAGGUCUAAAGAACUGAUUCAUCUCAAACAAGCCCUUAAUCGUCUUCUCUUAUCAUUCCACAUCCACCUCGCAUAACAUCCAGCAAUACCUAAAUGACAUAGUAGCUUAAUACCAUUUUGUAAAUUAUUGAGAAUGCAUGUAUAUUUUGUUUUUUUUCCUCUUUGUAAACAUUUAUGAAAUAAGUGAGAGAAAAACACUUUAAUAUUGUAACCUUAAACAUACUGUACAUAUACAAUUUAUACUCUUUCUAUCUUAGUCUAGUCUAGAAAGUGGCUUGAACUUCAGAGCUCAUGACCUCCCCUUUAAGAAAACAAGAAUCUCUUUUUAUUGUGUAAGUAGCUCUAUUCCGGGGAAGGAAUAUGCCACAAUAAAACUGAAAUUGUUUUUGCCUGGGGAAGGAUUGCUUUUCUUGUUGCAUCAAAUAAUACUUUCCUGUUUGUUACAAUUCACAAAUAAAUGUUUGUUGAAAAAUG